AUGUCUUCCAGCGUCACACAAGACUCAUUCGGAGUGGACGGAGAUGUCUGCGACUCCAAUUCUCCCUCUGACCCCGGCGAUUCACAUGUUGAUCUGGCUACUGAUCUUGUCGGCAUCAGUCGUACUACGAAAGAUCUCAAUAUCGUGAAUCGAUAUAGACCGAAGUGGGUCUCACAGGAAGAUCCCAGUAAAGGUCCGCCGCCAUCGGUUCCAGUGGCUCGACUCUCUCCGUCAGCGCUGCUGAGAUCAAAGCCCCAACCGGCGCGCAGCAAGUCGAUACAGACGGAUUUGUCGACACAGUCUAAGAAAGAUUCUUAUGGUAAGUACAUCUUAGAAUGGGAAAAACUUUCUCUUGAAACUAAUUUCCUGCAAGUUAUCGGCACCAAGAUUGAGCACACGUCGCUCGACUGGGGUGGUGGUUUUCCUGGAAGCCAUGACUUUUACCGCACUCGCGACCAACUAGAUUAG